AAAAAAUGAAUUCGCCGACGUCAAUGGAAAUCCUAAAUAUCCCCAAGAAGCGACGGCACAUAAAUUGAAUCUACUUCACAAGAGCUCUUGCGAACUUAGGAUCUGAAGAUGCAGGCAAGUGAUAGGUUUAACAUCAACUCUCAGCUUGAACAUCUUCAAGCCAAGUAUGUUGGUACUGGCCAUGCUGAUUUGAGCAGAUUUGAAUGGGCUGUGAACAUUCAGCGUGACAGUUAUGCUUCCUACAUUGGUCACUACCCCAUGCUUGCUUACUUUGCUAUCGCUGAGAACGAGUCCAUUGGACGUGAACGCUACAACUUCAUGCAGAAAAUGCUUCUACCUUGUGGCCUUCCUCCAGAAAGAGAAGACGACUAAAGAGAGAGAUUUGCAAGUGCUGUGUCGCAACUCUAAUCAGAACCAAAAA